AUGUUCCUCUCCGCAUGCGUUGGCGUCGCUUCGACGAUUGUACUCUUCGUCUCGCCAACCUUCGCCGUUGACAAGACAGUCGAUGCGCAGCUGGUGGCGAAGCUGAAAACGGCGGCGACAAUGAUUGACCGGCUGAAUCUGCUCUCAGACGAUCAACUUCUUUACAAUUUCUCUGCCAACCCCAUGUACUCCUGGAAACCGGGCAGUGUCUGUAAUGCCAACGCUGCUACGUGGCCGCUGUUGUCGACUUUUGGCGUGACGGUGGCACAGCUAAACCUCGGGCCUUGCGCCAUGCUGGCACCCCAUUUGCAUCGGGCCAACAAUCUUGUGGUGGCAGUGACUGGAUCAACUCAUACAUAUAUGGUCCAGGAGAACGGAGCCAGGCUCAUCGAGCAGAUCCUCACCCCGGGCAUGAUGACCAUGUUCCCACUCGGCAGUGUGCAUUCCAUGUACAACAUGGGCUGUGAAAGCAACCAGCUCUAUUCCUUCCUCGACAGCGGAGACCCCGGCACCUUGAACCUGGCGCAAUCGUUCUUCAUGAUGCCACAAGAGAUAGGCAUGCAAGUUAUGCCCUUUAUCAACCUAAGCAAUGGGAAUUGGAAUGCUACGGCGCAGCUGAUCCCGGCAGUUGGCACUGGAAGCCAGGACGGGUCUGACGCCUGUCGAACAAAAUGUGGUCUCAACAGCGACGAUUAG